AUGUUGUGGGUGCUAGCUCUGACGCCAAUAUGCUACUGUGUUCCUCACAUCACGCCGCCAUGCGAAGACGACUCAAAAAAGAUUAGCUUUCCAGCAGGAUACGAUAUCGCCUCGGAAUAUCUUACAAAAUCGAUCAAUUUUUCGGCGGACCCAUGCGAGGAUUUCUUUGAGUUCACUUGUGGCAACUGGAUAGCUAAUCAUCCCAUUCCCAAGCACAGAACCACCUAUAAUCAUUUUGCAAUGCUCUCUGAUAAAGUGCAAGAGCAAAUGAGAGGCGAAUUUGAAUCAAAUGAGAUGUUCGGAGCAAAAUCUAUGAAUGCACUCAAAGCCAUCUAUAAGAAGUGCAUGGACAAGAACGAGCUGAACCGCAUCGGUGCUAAGCGAUUAAUAGAAGACGUCAGGAGAUUUGGUGUUUGGCCAAUGCUGGAAGGAGAUGAAAAAUGGAGAGUGGAGAAUUUUGAUCUUACAUCACUGUUGAUACAUGUGUCAAAAACUCGCAAUGUCCAUGCAUUCAUCAAGUACUAUAUCACUCUCGACACCAAAAAUGUUUCUCGCCGUCUAAUCGAGUUCGAUCAAGGAGAUCUUAUCUUAGGCAGAUCCUCACGAGAUUAUUACUUGGAUAAAGAAAAGCAUGGCAAAAAAAUUGAGGCUCUAAGAAGUUCUCUCAUCAGUAAGCUAGAGCUUUUCCAAGGAGAUGCUAAUCUACCAAUCGACAGAGCAAAAAUUGAAAACGACGUGGACGAACUGAUUGAUUUUGAAACGAAAAUGGCACAGAUCUUGGUUGCUGAUGAGGACCGCAGAAACUAUAGCGAACUUUAUAAUCUUCGCCACUUGAGUGAUCUACAGGAGCUCAUGCCUUUAGUCGACUGGUCGCGAUUUUUCCUUGCCAUUGCUCCACCUGCUUCCUACCAAUAUCUCAGCUCAGAUCCAAAAGUUCUUAUCGUAGAAAUUGAUUAUCUGAGACGAAUAACUGAAGCUUUGCAAGCAACAGACCCACGUAUAAUCACAAAUUAUGUCCUUAUGCGAUAUUCCUCAAAUUGGGGACGAGAAAUGGGAGAAAAGUACGAAGAUGUCACUCAGGAAUUCAAUAAGAUUAUGUAUGGACAAAAGCAGAAAGCACCAAAAUGGAAGGACUGCACUAGCCACAUUAUUGAACGACUGGAACGAAUGCAAUACGCUACUAGUGCGAUAUAUAUAAGAAAGAUAUUCGAUCGGGAGUCGAAAAAUGUUACACUGGAAAUGAUCGAUGACUUGCAAGAAGUAUUUCGCGAGAUCCUCAGCAAUAACGAUUGGAUGGACGGUCGAACUAAAGCUACAGCUUUGGACAAGGCAAACCAAAUGCUGCGUCAGAUAGCUUACCCCGACUUUGUUUUAGAUGAUCAGGAGCUUAACGAGUACUAUGACGGCUUAGAUGUGCGCGACACUGAUUCGUACAGUGAGAUGCUAGAAAAAGUGGCGCGCUGGGGGAUUGAGUACUCUUUUGAAAGACUGACGAAACCUGUGGAUCGUUCGGAAUACAAUUUCAACUCCGCCAUAGUUAAUGCUUACUACUCACCAACGUCUAAUUCUAUCAAAUUUCCUGCUGCAAUCCUUCAAGCUCCAUUCUUCCAUCAUACCUUUCCGAGCACAGCAAAUAGGCUCAGGGCUUUGAAUUACGGAGGAAUGGGGGCAGUUAUUGGGCAUGAAAUUACACAUGGUUUCGAUGAUAAAGGACGACAGUUUGACGCAAAUGGAAAUCUUCGCGAGUGGUGGGAUGAGGGCGUAAAGAGAAAUUUUGAGAAUCGAGCUCAGUGCAUAAUCAAUCAAUACGGGAAUAUUGAAGUACCUGGCACUGGUCUCAAAAUCAACGGUAAACUGACGCAAGGAGAAAAUAUUGCCGACAAUGGUGGAGUGAAACAGGCCUACAGGGCUUACAAAGCUUACCUGGAAAAGCACGGUGGAGAAGAAGAGAGAAUCAAAGGCAUGGAACAAUAUAACAACGAGCAGAUGUUCUUCUUAGGCUAUGCCACGAUGUGGUGUGGGCAUUUGACAAAUGACGAGCUGAUUAACAGAGUUCUUACCGACCCGCACGCUCCGCAGCGUUAUCGGGUUAAUCAAGUGCUAGCCAAUCAACCCGAAUUUGCUGCUGCUUUCAAAUGUAAAGAGGGCAGUGCCAUGAAUCCUACUGAACGCUGUGCUGUUUGGUGA